GGUCAUCUUCGCCAUUCUUGGAGAUCAAAGGAUGCGAAGCUCAGUUACAAACUUGUUGAUAAUGAAUCUGGCAAUUAGUGACUUUAUUAUCAUGAUCGUCUGCAUACCAGACAUCGUACAGUUUAUUGAGAAUAGAGGAUGGCGGUUAGGAUUGACAGCAUGUAAGGCUCUCCGCUUCACAGAAGUUUUCGCUUUGUAUGCUUCAGUCAUGACAUUACUCAGCGUCUGUAUUGAACGAUACAUUGCAAUUGUUCAACCCAUCAAAGCUCAUAUUCUCUGUAAUCGGAAACGUAUUGUGAUCGUGAUUUCCCUAAUUUGGCCUCUUGCAAUGGGAUGUGCUUCACCAAAUCUUUUCUAUCAUCUUAUUAUGGAUAUUGAUCCAGAGUUCACGCCAUGUGUGGUGCAAUUUCCAAAUAUUUUUAGUUUCAUCAUAUUCAAAUAUUGCGAGUUCGCACUUUUCUAUUUCAUUCCUCUUAUUGUGCAAGUGAUUCUGUACAUUAAAAUAACCAAAAGGCUUUUCAGUAAUGACGUCCUUUCAGCAAUAGAGCCUGCUGUAGGGAAGGAAAAAUUCGAGCGGUCGAUUAAGGCGCGAAAAGGCGUCAUAAAAAUGCUUAUGGCAGGUGUCAUAGUCUAUUUUGUAAGCUUUUCGCCUCACCAAGUCCUCUUGUUCUACAACACCUUUUCAUCCACGCUAUUUAAGGAAACGUGGUCGUUCCUGAUCUUCGUCAACAUAAUGGCUUACGCAUCGUCAGCUUGUAAUCCUUUGCUCUACAGCAUUUUCAGUCAGAAGUUCCGGAAUAAAUUUAAUUCCAUGCUGUCCUGUUGGAGCAGUACAGAAAAGAAGAAUACGCCAGUUCCAUCUGCAGUUUACCAAGGUGCUCGGAGUAAAAGAUUUGUAACCAAAAGUGUUAAAACAACGUCCACAGACGUUUGA